AUGCCCCUGACGGAUAUUGACCCGAGGUUAUUCGGGCUCUGGGAAACUAAAGUCAGAGAAGCUAACUACUUAUUGUUUAAUCCCAAAUUGAGUCUGUGUCUGUUAUUUGAAGCAGCGAAGUUGAAAGUGAAAUGUUUCUUGUGUGGUCAAGUGUCAUGUAAUCACCCUGUCUCGUUUGAGUGGACGUAUCAUCACGGAGAUUCAGAUUUUCAUUUGGAGGCUACGAAGAACGCGGGCAAAAACGUAUAUAUGGGUACACUGACGAAUAGAGAAACAGGGCGCAAACGCGUGUGCAGGUUGUUAGAAUUUGGAUCGUUUGGGGAUAGUGCUGAACUCUGCCCGUUUUGCCCCCGUCUGGCUGAAGGGAUGGGGACCAGGAGUUCUCGAUAUCGAACGCGUAGCAUGACGAUAAAACGUCAAAGGAUGGAGAAAAGUACGACUCAGAACUCCGUCACUCAGAACGUGACGGAGGGAAAAAACAAAACAACGCUGGUUGAACCCCCGGCAGCUAAACAUGUACAAUACGGGGUAGUGUGGAUUGGUCGGACAUCGACGGGGUAUAAUAUAAUUGAGGAUCCAGGAGGCGACAUUGAGCGUGCGUUUCGAGCAUAUUCUGCUCAAAAUGGUUUGGAAUUAGCUGAAGACAGCGAACAAUUAGAUUGGAGUAGUAGUGGUGGUGGUAGUGGUCUGAGUGGUGGUGGUGGUGUGAGUAGUAGUGGUGGUGUGAGUGGUGGUGCUAAGGUUGAGACAAUGAGUUCUUCUCCGACGAGUAAGUCUGAGAUUACAGCUAAACUAAAUUAUAUAGAUACUGACAAUGAAUUGGGGUUGCUUCGUGGUUACUAUUCCGACCAGCCGUCCCUCCCUUCAAUACACACGGGAUUAGGCGAGAUCAGCUUUAAUGACUUUACAUUAGCUUCCUUGGGCGUUCAUGCAACUGGCACAGAUAUCGUGUAUCGUCUGAGCUGGGCCGUGCACGAAGUGGAAGGUUGCUUAUUGCUGUCGACAUGUUUGCUCUACCACCGGCCGCGGACGCCCGUGCCAAGUUUCCUUAUAGCCGCUGAUUCCAGUCAAGUGCGUGCGUCAAACGUGCCAUGUUCGCGGCUUUGCAUGAACGAGUGUGGCCACGACGAGGUGUGCGGUCUCGUGCGUUAUCGCCGCGCUAAAAAGGACCCACACGAAGCCGCGAAACUCAUGAACAAACUCUUCCGACCUUUCGUCAGUCCCGCCCAUUGCGCCCCCGAAGUCGGACCAGACGAAGUCUGUACCAUCUGCCUUGACACUCUCCUUCCAGACCUCCUUCCAGACUCCUCCCAGCCAACAAAUAACUCCACGGCGGGUGGCGCCACCGUUGCCCUUGGCACGGGACAGCACACUCGUUCUGGAACGGGACAGCACACUCGUUCUGGAACGCGUUCGCGGAGGACAAGUCUUGAGCGAUCGGGUGCCAUGACCAUUGUAGGCAUGCCUAACUGCCGACACUGGUUCCAUCGUGUCUGUGUACGUGAGUAUGUCACGCGUGUGGCAUCCACGAUUGUGGAUAGUGUGCGGUGUCCCGUCUGUCACACCAUGCAAACACGUUUGUAUGGCAACAGUCCGAAAGCGGCGAUGCGUUGGACGCUCGUGCGACGUGACUUCCUCCGCGUCGUCUUCAGCGUACUCGCUGGCAUACAGGUACCCCACCUGCAUCCGCAUCCUGGUGAGAAACAUAAGGCCUGGGUCGCCUGCGUACUCGUACCCCUAGCUGAACCACACGGUCCAGAGACCUUCUUCGUCCUCAAAAAAGCCUUCCUCAUGGGCCAACUACUCACCAUACAAGACGCACCCGGAGACACCGUCGGCUUCGCAUACAAUCUCAAACUACCCACCGCAUUCCCUCACGACCGAAACAGAAACGGCGCGAACACGACACCAACCGACACACCAGACAGAACCCAAAAUGCAAGGGGCAGAAUCCAAGACACAGGCGGCAGGAGCGUCGGGAGCCAAACGGAUGUCGGCCGGCUGUGCCAGCAGGCACUGGACAGGCUGCGGAGUGUAGGAGUCUCUCUAACGGAGCAUGAGAGGCGGGAGCUGGCGAACCUGUGGCCGCAGGCGGGUGUUGGGCGCGACUACUUGGGACCAGACGGUCUCGGACGUGAGACGCUGGGUCCGAUUUUGAGCGAUUUUCUGGCGAUGCACGCGGACGGUGCCGAGACGGAUGAAAGCGCUGACGAGGAGGACGAGGUCAGCAGCGCGGAACUCGAAGACCGGGACUGGCGCAAUCUGGAACAGUACGAGGACUCCAGCAGCGCACCCGAGGCAGAAGAAGACGACGACAGCAGUGACAGCAGCAGCAGCAGCAGCAAUCAAGACACACCGCACCGGUCGCGAUCGAGACUCAGCACACGAUCCCGAACUGCCAGACAAGCCGCCGACAGUCGCUCCCGGUCCCACAGCCGGUCACGGUCCCGGUCCCGAUCAACAGGACGAUCUCCGGCGCUUCGAGGAGCAGCCGUCAAGGCCGCCGCUGCCAAGGCUGCUGCCGGUAAGACGGCCGCGGCCGCCAGAGCGACUGCUGCCAAGGCUGCCGGUGCAAGGACGAGGCCGGCCGUCGCUAUGGAGAGACGCGGCACGGCACUUGAGACGCACAGUAUGCUGACCCGAUCGAGGCGCGCGGAGAUCGCGGAGGAGACCGCCUCUCUGCUGGCCGAUGUCCCGGCUGCCAACACCCGGUCCCAGAGCGCCCGAAGAAGGGCUCUUGGCCUGGCCCCAACACCGGGCCUGACCCUGGGCACGGGCUUCGAGUCGACGGCGUUGGAGGCCGCUCAGCCUUCACCUUCCGGCGACCUCUGCGAUCAAGCCCUAAGGCCGGGUGGCAGGAGAAGGAGCAGGCGGUAG